AAAAGGUUCUGUGGUCUAGUUGGUUAUGGCAUCUGCUUAACACGCAGAACGUCCCCAGUUCGAUCCUGGGCAGAAUCAUUUCUUUUUUUUUGCCAGAAUUUAAUUAACCAAAUUUUUUUUCUCAUAAUUUCUGAUUAAUACCUAAAUUUACUUCUAUUACAUUUGAAGCUUAUUCAGACUACAUAAUGAUAUCGCGAUUGAAAAUACAUCCAAGUAAUACGUUGGUUAUAAGACGAUUGAAUAGUACUGCAACUGCUUUAAAUAUAGAGCCAUCAAUAACAUUUUUCACGAAGAAAACUUGUAUGUUAUGUACCAAUGCUCAUGAGAUUUUAAGAAGAACUUUAGAGAAUGAUUCAUUGAAAUACAAAGAAAUCAAUUUGGAGAUUGUUGAUAUCAUGAAACCAGAGAAUCAGAAGUGGUUUGAUGCUUAUUGUUAUGACGUACCUGUUUUGCAUAUCACUAGACCCAAUGAAAAGAAGCCAGUAAAAUUUAUGCAUUAUUUUUAUGAGGAUAAAUUAUUAGACGAACUUAACAAAUAGACCUAUUAGCCCCUGUAAAUAUUAAGACUAUAUUCAUUUGUAAAUAUAUAUCAUUUCCUACUUACAAUCAGAUUAAACACAUAAAUGUCAGUGGUAAGAAAUCAUCAUAUAUGGAUACUUUUCAUUAAUUCUCCAAGCAUUUGGAUCAAAUGACUUUGAUACUGCAAACAUGGAAGUUUCACUAUUCAAUUUCUAAUACUUUCAUAAGACUCAAUAGUUUUGAUCUUUCAAAAUAUCUCUAACUUUUUGAAUUUCCUAUUUAUUCACUUGUUGGUGAAUCCAACACUUUUCUUUCAAUAUGUGAUAGGGGAAAUCUUUCUAAAAACUUUCUUCAUUUU